UCCCACUUUCGUGUUCCAAUCUUCACCGCCAUUGAAACGCAAAAUCAAAGCUCGCUCCAUUCACGAUUAUUGGAAGCAAAAAUGGGAGGUGGAAGUAGAAGAGGAAGAGGUAGAGGAAGAUCCAACACCAGCGGAAGCGGUAGUGGAAACCCGAAAACCCGUAAAAGAGGUUCAGUUGCUAGAGAAGCACUUUUCGUCGAAGGUGGAUUCCUGUCCGAUUGGGGUCCUUCCUCUUCCAAUCGUAAUUCAGGUAGAAAUGGUGGUUCAAAUAACAAAUCUGGGAGUCUACGUAGAGGAGAAGCAUCUGGUUCUAAAAAUGGAUUUGCAAAAUCUUUGGGGACUACUAUUGCAUUCAAUUAUUCUUCACCUGAUGUACAGGAGGCCUCGCGUGUUGGGAUUGGGAACAACAGUGAAGAUGGUAAUUUAAAUAAGCUGCUCCAACCUUUUGUUAUGGUGGAUUCCCAGCAGAAUCAAAUUAUUGCUCACGAAGACCAAACACCUCCUUCAAAGCAGAACAGUGUGGAAUAUACUUACAGUUAUGGUGAUUUUGUUUUGGGAGAUAGUUCUCAUAGAGGAUUAGGUUUCCCUGCUGAACAUGACGAAACCCCAAUUGGCACUGUCACACCAUCGGAACAGAUGCUACAAUCAACCCCAGUUUUAGACUCAUCGUCCUUUAAAAAGGAUGUUGAUUCUGAUGAGGAUAGAAACUGUGAUCAGAUGGAAGAAGACUUGCCAUCAAAGGUGUCUUCUAGUAGAAAUUCAGGGUUUCUUUCCAUCGGUGGUCUUAAGUUAUACACAGAGGACAUCUCAGAUAUUGAGAGUGAGGAAAAUUACAUUGAAGAGACGUCUGAUGAGGACGGCUCCGCAUCUUCUGAGCAAGAAGUACUUGGAUCAUCUGAAAGCGAUUAUUCUGAGGACACAUCCGACAGUGAUUCAGAUAUUGAUGAUGAGGUUGCAGAAGAUUAUCUGGAAGGAGUUGGUGGUAGUGAAAACAUCAUCGAUGCAAAAUGGUUGCUAGACCCUGUCGUGGAUGAGUCAGAUGAUGAUAGUUCUUCCAGCGGUAGCUAUGGUGAGGCUUUGGAGAAGUUGGGUGGUAUAUCCCUUCAAGAUGCCUCUAGGGAAUAUGGCAUGAUGAAAGCCCAACCAUGGAGGCAAAGACCUGUAAAGAAGCACGUUCCUUUUACUUUGGAUGACCUGAUGCUCGAAAAGGAUCCAAGAACCAUUUCUGCUAGAAAGAAGCAUGUUUCUAGAUUUCCUCAUUCUUGGCCUUCACAUGCUCAGAAGAGCAAAGCCUCCAAAAGAAUUCAUGGUGAAAAAAAGAAACUUCGUAAAGAAAGAAUUGCUGUCAAGCGUAGAGAGAGAAUGCAACACCGAGGUGUUGAUCUUGAGAAAAUUAAUUCGAAAUUGGAAAAGAUUGUUUUGGAGGAUGUAGACAUGUACUCUUUUCAGCCUAUGCAUUCUCGAGAUUGCUCACAGGUACAGCGGUUGGCAGGAGUUUAUCAGUUGCGGAGUAGCAGCCAAAGUUCUGGGAAAAGAAGAUUUGUGACUGUGAUGCGAACACAUUCUACAUCGAUGCCAUCUGCAAGUGGUAGACAGCGCCUGGAAAAGUUGUUAGGAGUUGAUGAUGAGGAAGUUGAUUUUUCUGUCAUGGAUCCUAUGAACAAGAAGUCAGUGAGUGAAGACAGAAGAAGACCGAGAAAGAAAAAUGCUAAAAGGAAUGAUUUUAGGCAGCAAGAACUUCAAUUUGGCCAGAGCAGGACACCAAAGAACUCAGCCAGCAGAGACAGACGUAAAGUGAAGGACAAUAAAGGGAGUGAACAAAAGGGUUCAUAUGCUAAUCAGCCAGUGUCAUUUGUAUCAAGCGGCACAAUCCACUCAGAAACUGUACAAGUUAUUGCUGUUGAUUCUGAAGAGACUGAUAGUGCAAAUAAGAAGGGUGCCACCAGCUCUGCUAAUGUUGGUUCUUUUGAGGUACACACUACUGGUUUUGGUUCCAAAAUGAUGGCUAAAAUGGGAUACACUGAAGGAGGGGGAUUGGGGAAAAAUGGUCAAGGUAUGGCUCAGCCCAUUGAGGUUAUCCAAAGGCCGAAAUCACUUGGUUUGGGUGUGGAAUUCUCUAGUAAUGUUGAUGAUCCAACAAGGGACAGUAUCGGUACUUCUAAAAAGCAUACCAAAAGUUCUUCAAGAGUUGGUUCUUCUGAAAAGCGUACCAAAGGCUCUUCAAGUAUUGGUUCUUUUGAAAAGCAUACAAAAGGAUCUUCAACUUCAGGUAUUGGUUCUUUUGAAAAGCAUACCAAAGGAUCUUCAACAUCGGGUAUUGGUUCUUUUGAAAAGCAUACAAAGGGGUUUGGAUCAAAGAUGAUGGCAAAGAUGGGAUUUGUUGAAGGUUCAGGAUUAGGUAGAGAAUCGCAAGGUAUUACUGCUCCAUUGGGCGCUGUUCGGUUACCAAAGUCACGAGGACUGGGCGCCAAAGGUUAAUUUAGAUGUAACGUGUUUAUGUUCCUUUCUAAUUGUGUAUUGUUGUUUUAAGUGUUGUGAUCUUACGUGGUAAUUUAUCGUUACCGUAGAAAGACUGUCUAAAAAAUCAAUGUUAAAGUUAUCUAGGUUUCUUGCUUGUAGUUUUUUAAUUAUGGAAACAAAAUAAGAAAACUCGGUCCUACCUCUAUGGAGGACAUGUAGUUUAUGUAUAAGAUACCUGCUACAUUGAAUCUGUGACCAUUGGAUGAACUCGUGGAGUUUUAUGUUUCUGUAUGAUACUGAAGCUGUACCAAUGGACACCCCUUUCAACAAUUUGUCACUGAUUAAUCA